CCCAGAUAGGAAAUAGAGAGCUCUCUAUAUAGUGGACUGGACCCAGUAGACACACAUGCCCAGAUAGAGAUACUCCUCUCCAAAGUUUUAAUGAUGUGCUCAGCUCAGACAGAAAGUGGGUGUGUGGAGUAGCAGCUGCCAGACAGGUCUGGUAGAGAGAGGAGUUAUUGUUCCUUAUCCUUAUGAGAGGACUAUUAGUCCUCUGUAAUGAGAGGUCCUAGCUCUGACACCUGCACUAGGCCUACAUACUGGACACUGUGGGUGUGGCUGUUCAGACCUCCUCCUCUCUGGCUGGCUGUCUGGCUUUCUGGCUGGCUGGCUGAUUCUGCUCAUUCUUUGUUCUUUAUUUUCUCUUUCUUUCUGAAAAGUCUUUGAAAUUAUGAAUAGCCAAAAAGGAAUUGCAUUGGAAUUGAGACAUUUGAUUAAGUUCCAAUGAAGUUAUUCCUAGCUAUACGACCCCAAGACAUUGUCUCUAUUGUUAUAGAGUGGUGCUGUCUGUCCACAACUUCUCUAUCUCCAGUGUUGGUAGGACGGUGCUGCAGGGACUUGUCUGAGCAGUAGAGUACAUCACAGCCUGAGGAGUUGGACCAUGCUCUACCUCUGGCCAUCUGCCAGACACUCAGAGAGAGAGAGAGAGGGCUGGGGGACAGGGACAGGAGGAGUAGGGUUGUGCUCAUAGUGCACUUUCAGAACUCAUUACCUCCUUCUCCUCUUCCUAGACAGAGUGGCAUAAAGAGAAAGAUAGUGAGGAUUGCUGACCAAUUCUUUGGACACACGGACAGUCGGACACACACCUGAUGACACUUGCUGUGUACACACAACUCUGUGACUCUCCUAGUUUGGCUGUAGUUGUUUGGGUAACUUCUACACUGUGGGUGAGGGACUGCAUUAUCGCAGUGGAAUACAGGCACGCCUCUGGGGCAGCAGGCAAUGUGCUCUUCUAAUACUGGACACUUGAACUUAACAGUUGAACUCACAAACCAGUGACCGUGAUUUAUUUUCUGCUGGAGGAUUUUGUUUCAUGGAAAAUAGUCUUCUUGAAAAAUGUCUAAAAGUUGUCAGAUCCAUCUCAAUGCUCCACUGGUGACAGCGGGACCAUGGAGGAAGCACAGCAAAACCACAGAUUUAUUUGAAAUGAUUGAGAAGAUGCAGGGCAACAGAAUGGAGGAGCAGCGAUGCACCUUUCCUCCCCCACUCAAAACUGAGGAGGACUACAUUCCUUACCCCAGUGUCCAUGAGGUGUUAGAGAGAAAGAGCGGGUUCCCCCUGAUUCUGCUACCUCAGUUUGGGGGUUACUGGAUCGAGGGGAACAACCAUGAGCUGAGUGAUAGUACUGACCCAGACCAGAUCCAGCCUCUGUCCCCCACCACCCGCAACAAGCUGGAGAGUAACUCCACCGCCAAGAUCUACAGGAAGCACUUUCUGGGCAAGGAGCACUUUAAUUACUACUCAGUAGACGGAGCUCUGGGACAUCUGGUGUUCUCCCUGAAGUAUGACGAGAUCGGAGACCAGGAACACCUUCGCCUCAUGCUCAGGACCAAGCUGAAGACCUAUCAUGAUGUGAUCCCCAUAUCCUGUCUCACGGAGUUCCCUAACGUGGUGCAGAUGGCCAAGCUUGUCUGUGAAGAAGUGAAUGUGGAUCGCUUUUUUCCUGCCCUUUACCCAAAAGCUUCAAGACUCGUCGUCACUUUUGAUGAACAUGUCAUUAGCAACAACUUCAAGUUUGGAGUCAUCUACCAGAAGUUUGGACAGACAUCAGAAGUAGAGUUGUUUGGAAACAGUGCCGAAAGUCCUGCCUUUGUUGAAUUCCUAGAGUUUCUGGGGGAGAAGGUCGAGCUGCAUGACUUUAAAGGGUUUCGUGGUGGGUUGGACGUGACCCACGGCCAGACAGGCUCUGAGUCCGUCUACCACAACUACCGCAACAAGGAGAUCAUGUUUCAUGUGUCCACCAAGCUGCCUUAUACCGAGGGGGACACACAACAGUUGCAGAGGAAGAGGCACAUAGGGAACGACAUUGUGGCCAUAGUGUUCCAGGAGGAGAGUACACCCUUCGUACCAGAUAUGAUCGCCUCCAACUUCCUCCAUGCCUACGUAGUGGUGCAGGUGGAGAACGCCUGUACUGACAACGUACUGUACAAGGUGUCAGUGACAGCGCGAGAUGACGUACCUUUCUUUGGACCUCCCCUGCCAGACCCGGCUGUCUUUAGAAAAGGUCCAGAAUUCCAGGAGUUCCUCUUCACUAAGCUCAUCAACGCUGAGUAUGCCUGCUGCAAAGCUGAGAAAUUUGCCAAACUGGAGGAGCGUACGCGGUCCGCCUUGCUGGAGACGCUGUAUGAGGAGUUACACAUCAACAGCCAGGCCAUGAUGGGUCUGGGAGGAGACGAGGAUAAGCUGGAGAACGGGUCCGGAGGAGGGGGCUUCUUUGAGUCCUUUAAGCGGGUGAUUCGCAGCAGAAGCCAGUCUAUGGAUGCCAUGGGUCUCAAUUUCAAGAAGCCACUCACUGUCUCCACUAGUCUCAGCGUCAACUUUACCCACAACCCACCUGAGAGUCCCAAAUUCCCAGGGAUAUCAUUGCUUGUCCCAGGGAAAAGUCCCAGUAAAUAUGGCCGUCGAGGCAGUGCCAUAGGGAUAGGAACAGUAGAAGAGUCUCUGAUCAUCCCUGGGAAGAGUCCAACCAGGAAGAAGUCUGGUCCUUUCAGCUCCAGGCGCAGCAGUGCCAUCGGCAUCGAGAACAUCCAGGAAGUCCACGAGAAAAUCAGCAGGGAGUGUUUACCUGGCACACAGAAGACACCUGACAGUGGCCACGCGACUCAGGACCCCAAGUCUGAGAACUCCUCCAAUCAGAGCUCACCAGAGGUGCUCACCACAAAGAACAUGUUUGCUCUUUGUAACAACAGGGCACAGUCUAUCCCUGAGGGUCACGACCUUUCCCGCUCCUCCUCCAACGCCAGCAGCUUCGCCAGUGUGGUGGAGGAGAAUGAGACAGAGGCCAUGGAGGACUACGACACUGGCAUGGAGAGCCUGUCUUCAGCGGGGACGCCCCACAAGCGGGACUCAUUAACCUACAGCACAUGGCUGGAGGACAGUAUGAGCAGCACAAGCACCACCAGCCGAGGCUGCUCGCCAGGUCCUGGUAAACCUGAUGGGGGUAAAGGGUCAGAUAUCCGUAUCAAACUGGACCGGCCACAGGAUCACCAGUCCUCAUCGCAUUCCCAUAAGACACAAUCCUUCUGGGAGAUGAGAGGAGCGCAGGCUUUCGCCGUAACCAAUGACGACGAUGAGGAGGUGGACCCUGGCCAGCCUGCUGGUCAGUGAGGCCAGACCACCCCUUCCCAGAAGCCCCGGCGGUGGCGUGGGCGGCGACUGGCAUGCCAGGGGAGGAAGUCCUUUUCCUCUGUGUUGGUUAUUUCUGCUCCCUCCCUCACCUGUCUGUCUGUACACACAUCUUCUGCCUGGCUUUGUGUUUCAGAAGCACUCUUUUUGUUACCCGUUAAGUAAAUAGGUUUAUUUGUCCCAGUGAACAAAUGGUAUCUGCGGUUCAGUUUUAAUGAGGCCUACUGUAUAUAGCCAUGCAGAUCACACAGUGUGGCCACAGUGCCAUUGAAUUCUGCCAGAGACUUUGUUAGGGGCAUGUUGGUGUUGUCAUAUGGAUUGUACAUUAUAGUGACAAUUUGAUUGAACCCAUUCAAUCUCAAAUACCAAAUAUCCAACAACAAAGAUGUGUGCAUUUGAAUUAAAUGUCCAUUAUUGGUUAUGUCGAAUACAGUUUAAUGUGUAAGUGAUUUUUCAGGUAAAGUGAUUGUAAUGUGUCUAUUAGCCAUAGCUGUAACUUACUGUAUAGAACUGUACAGCCAAAAACAGUUGCUCUGACAGAGUGAAUAUUUUCUUCUCAAUAUACAAUAACUGGGAUAUUGUCAUCAUAAUAUACAAUGCACUUCAAGCCUCACCUGCUCAUACUGCAAAUUAAAAUGAAGAUGGUCAUCUAACAAGAAAUAAUGGAAAUGUAGCCGUGAACCUUUAAAAUACAGUUUUUCUAUAGCUUCAUGACUAAUUUAUACCCUUAUCAACAUGGUCAGAAGCAGACCGUAAUUGGACAGUGCAUGGUUUCAGAGGAUAUGUUAUAUGAUCACACUGUUUUUGCACACAGGAUGCUCAUUGCUAACUGCUACUGAUUUAUUAUUAUUGGGAACCACCUCGUUUUGUGUAAUUGUAACCUAAACAGGCGAUUUUAGCUUUGCACUUUCUGUCCACAGAAAUAGUUGUCUAUUUUGUUGUGUAUCAAGCAGGUUACUGAGGUCAGGUAUGUAGAGAUGUGUUGAUGACUACAGGGGUAAUUCAUAACUGAAUUGAAUAACGUACUGUAGUAGUCCAUCCAAUCAGCUAGUUUGCCGGUCUAAUCUACAUUACAAAUCCUGCAGCCUAAGUGUUGCCAUCGGUACCCGCGGAAAAAUAUGUUUGUAUUUAUUUAUUUAUUUGGGGAUGGGGGAUUACUGUAUUAUACAGUAUAUUUGCUGUUGAUAUAUUUCUAGUAUAUUAUGGGAGAGAUGUACAGAGAUGAAUACUACAGUUUGUGCAUGUUAUACAGUAUAAUCCUACCCUCCACGCCAAAUCUAAUGUAACCUGGCAAUGACAUUUAUUUUUGUGAAAAUCAUGAUGGGGGUUCUACAGUUCUACAUUCUACAUUUACAUACAACUCUGUUUCUUCUGUUGAGCACUGCCAAAUGAACACAGUGUGUGGCAUGUACAAUUUGAAAAGUAUGUUUUAAAAUAAACUAAAACUAUAUCCCACACUGUCUGCUCAAUAAAAGGGAACGACUCAUUGUCAUGACAGAGCUGAGAAAUGUGUGAGGAAAGGUAUCUGAGCUAAAGAGUUUGAAUGUAGAACAGAUAUUGAACAGAUACUGUAUAUAUCUAACUAAAAUUGCCCUGAUAGCUUUUAUAUUCAACUGCCUUUGGGAUAUGAUUUUAUUCUUAGAUCUGUAGUUUGUGAAUAAUGUUACUGUACACAUUCACCUCUUGCCCUAGAUCCCUGUUUAAAGAUGACUUGAAGAAAGAUGCCAUUCCUCCUUUUGGUAUUUUGGUUUAUCCUGGCAACAACACGGCUCCACACGCCAUCAUAACCUUUGUGACAGUUAAACAAUGAAAAGUGUGUUGCCUACUGUUUACCUCUUUAUCAUUUUCCUGAACUGAAUGAAACCGUUGAAGGAAUGUCUUAUAAAUAAGUGAUUUGAUGUGGCUAACCACCACCAGUCUCUAAAAGUAGAGCGCUGUAAAAGUUGAGGCUUCUCUCCUCAUCUCCUCUUACAUAACUGUGCCACAUGUACCAGAUCAGCAUAAAAUAUGAUUGAGUCAGUAACUCAUCAUCAUCAAGGGGGGAAGAAAUGGUAUCAAUGCGUGAAAAGGACUGAGACGGAUGCAGUUUUUUUUACAAAUACAAAUUAUAUACUGGUACUACUCUCAACUUCUAACCUUAUCUAUGUCUUUAUGUUAGACUAUACUCUUCGGGUCUUCACAUUAGUCCAGUGUAGACAGAAAAACCUACAUUUCCAAUAACUCAACAGAGUGAUGGUGCCCUCUAGUGGUGUUACUUAUAUUGUUUUUUUAAAUUGUUUUAUGUGAGCUGCUGUGCUUUAUGGGAUAGUCACAUUGGAGAUGGGGAUCUAGUAAAGCACAAUGCCGCACUGUCACAUCAAGUUAGUGGAAUUGAAAUGAUAAAUAAUUUAGAAAAUGUAUGAACACUGCUUCAGUGUGAUCUAUUCAACAGAUUGUAUUGGUGUUCUGUUUUAUUAGUGCAUUCCUGUAAGAAAUGAACUUGUAAAUAUGUUUUCCUUCAUUUGUAAAUAUAGCCAAAAUAUGAAAUAAAGAGCCUGGAUUCA